AUGGAAUCAAUUGAAUUAAACAUCAGCGCGGACCAUUUCGGGAAUUGGCUGGGGCUGGCGCGGGACAAAAAGCCUGCGAGUCCUGCCGCGAGCCCGGGUUCGGUCCCGGCGCUGCACACGGACACCGUUGCGGACAAUCCUUUAUAUGAUAAUGAGAAACUGCUGCUUUCUUCACCUGUAAAAAAAAUAUUGCCGAUUGGUGGUAUUAACGUACCUGGUGUUGGUCCAUAUGCAAUUUGUGUAUGUAAACACAAGAAAACUGAAAUCACAAUGAACUUCAACGACAGGGAUGGAUAUCAAUAA